CUCUUACUAGCACAUUUUAGUAACUGUGGAAAUUAUAAAGACAUUUUUCAUGUUUUUGCAGGAUGUGGAACACAGUAGGGCUUACAUUGACCAGCUGUACUCUAAUGAUAAUCAGAAAUGUUUUCAGGCAGUAAGUGAACUAAAAUUUGCAGUCAUUGGCAGUGUACGAGAGAAGGGAUCAAUUAUCGAGCAGGGUAUAGUAGUUAGACUCCUACAAAUUCUCCAAUCACAAGACAUGGACAUACUCCUCAAAACUGAAGUAGUAACUGUUCUUAAUUCCUUAGCAAAGGGUUUACCUGAACAUGCAGCAUCUCUGGUCCAGGCUGGUUUAUUACCAGUGCUUUGGGAACAGCUUGAAACUUGUGUGGGAGCUGGUGGAACAAACAUGUACAUACAGAUGAUUUUGUGUUGCUUACGUUCUGUAUAUAGACAAGGAUGUGCACCUCCACCCCCAGCGUGGGACCACAAACUUCUUUCUACUCUUAUUCAGCACGGUUAUCAUCCUCCAAGUAAUCAAGAAUGCGUUGCAAAUAUCCUUGCUCAUUCUUGUAAGACUUGUGAGCAGCAGCAGCAGUUAGUUGAAGCUGGUGGAGCUGAACUGAUAGCUUGCAUGUUAUGUUCACCAGUUACACGAGUACAGCUUCCUGCCUUGCACUGCCUUGCUGCUAUGUGUUAUAACAAUGAGAGAGUAUCUUCCAUAGUUUCUACAAAGAGUUAUGGUGGGAAGGCUGUGCCAGACUUACUUGUUGGUUUGAUGGCUCGAGAUAGACCUAGAGAGUUGCAGCUAGCAGCUGCCACAUCUUUAACUUUCUUGCAUCGGGCAGGAGCAUUGUCAGCUGAUGAUCCGAAGAUAAUCUUUAAAACGCUUCAGUGUUUGAUUAAGACAAAGAAUUCCAACAAUUUAGCAGGUACUCAGUGUGUUCUGAAAUGCUUGGCUCUGCCAUGA